AUCGUACUCUAUUUACUUUGACGAUUUUUUUCUUUUCGUUAUUGUCAAGUCUCCAUUUCGAUUGACAUUUCCCUCACCGUCCGCCGAUCAUAUUAACAAUAAAACCAAUACAAAAGAAAAGCGAGAGAGAGAGAGGUCGCUGAGGAAGUCGAACAAUGGAUUUGGUAGCGAAAGGAGACGAUCUCGAGAAGAAAGCAGAAAAGAAAUUGAACGGUUGGGGUAUUUUCGGUUCCAAAUAUGAAGACGCCGCCGAUCUCUUCGACAAAGCUGCCAACAAUUUCAAGCUCGCUAAAUCCUGGGAAAAAGCUGGAUCAACGUAUGUCAAGCUGGCACAGUGUCAUUUGAAGUUGGAUAGCAAACAUGAAGCUGCCUCAGCAUAUGUUGAUGCUGCUCAUUGUUAUAAGAAAACAUCCACUAGUGAGGCAAUUUCAUGCUUAGUUCAGGCUGUAGAUAUGUUCUGUGAUAUAGGAAGGAUCAGCAUGGCUGCAAGAUAUCUAAAGGAAGUUGCUGAGUUGUAUGAGUCGGAUGCAAAUAUUGAGAAAUCUAUGGAAUUUUAUCGUAAGGCCGCUGACUUCUUCCAAAAUGAAGACGUAACAACUUCUGCCAACCAAUGCAACCAGAAAGUGGCAGAAUUUGCUGCUCAGCUAGAACAAUACCAGACUUCAAUUGACAUUUAUGAAGAGAUAGCCCGGCAAUCGCUUAAAAGUAAUUUACUGAAAUAUGGAGUCAAAGGUCAUCUUCUUAAUGCUGGCAUUUGCCAUCUCUGCAAAGGCGAUGUUGUUGCAAUUACCAAUGCAUUGGAGCGCUACCAGGAAAUGGAUCCAACUUUUUCAGGAACUCGUGAAUAUAAAUUGCUAGCGGAUAUUGCUGCUGCCAUUGAUGAGGAAGAUGUUGCAAAGUUCACUGAUGUUAUCAAGGAAUUUGAUAGCAUGACACCACUGGAUUCCUGGAAGACGACCCUUCUAUUGAGGGUGAAAGAGAAGCUGAAAGCUAAAGAACUAGAGGAGGAUGACCUCACCUAAAUUUUAAGUUUCAGUCAUCUGUUCGGUGAGAUGUCUGUUUGCAUUUGUUCACAAUGUGUUCUAUUAAAAGUGUAUCUGGUUUGGGUUUUACUUGGAGUGUGUAUGCUUGCAAUUGUGGACUUGAGUUUGUAGUUGUGAUAAAUGGUGUUUUUUGCGUCAUGUGGUUCCCCCCUCAAACUAAAGGAGAAAGGGGUUGGCGGGGGAUAAAACCAAUCUCUUCAAUCAAAACCCACAUGGUCUUGCGCAUAUGGUGGAUUUGCAACAAGCGCAGAAGCUGCAUUGGCUUCCGUGUAGUUUUUAGUUGUUUCACUCAUCUGAUCCUGGAUGCGAGUGGCUUAUUCAUGAAUCAUGAUUGUUGAGUUUGUCAAUCCCUCUACCCAACAUUUACAUGCGAUUGCAGAAAUAAACGGAGGUUGUCUACA